AUAAAUCCGUAAGCCCUGAGCAGAAGAAGACAAAACUGAAGGAGGAGGAGGAGAAGAAGAAGAAGAAAAAUGGAAAUAAGAGAAAAAAAGGAAAAUGGCGAUAGCAGGCUUGGGGUACGUGGCAGCAAAGCAAGCGUUUCCAGUUAGAUCUUUGGCUACGCUACUCUCUCUCUCUCUCUCUUCUCUAUUUAUUUUCCUAGUCUUUUCAUCAACCAGACCUUACUGUGAGCACCCACCGCCGCCGGCGAGAGAGGAGGAGGAGGAGGAGCAUGAGAGAUGGCGGGAUUAAGCAUAGUUCUAGAGAAGUCCAGCAAGGUUGCUAGCAAGAGCAACCCACAAGUCAUCAACAAGGUCAACAUGAUCAUCAAAGCCUCUCGUCGGAAUUCUCCAUCGACGCCGCCCCUCCUUGACGCCGGCUUUCUCGAUCACUGCAUCCUCUGCCGGAGAAAGCUCUUGCCCGGCAACGACAUCUACAUGUACAAAGGGGAUAGAGCGUUUUGCAGCGUGGAGUGCAGGUGCACGCAAAUACUGAUGGACGAAGAAGAAAGCAGUACGGGCAGUGGAAAUAGCAAUAAUGCGACUAUUGCCAGAAGGGACAACUGUUCAUCGUCGUCGUCUCGGAGCGGUAAAUCGGCCAGAAAUCUGGCGAACGGCUUCGCCUACUGACGUGACGACUACGUACUACUACUGAUCGGUUUGGGCUUUGGAGAAGAAGAAGAAGAGGAACAAAUAUUUUUUUUGUUCCAGUUUUACCCUCCCCUCUUGCUUUUAAUGACUGACUGUGGCGUGGUGGCCCUCUCUCAGCUCAGGCAGCCCGGCCCCUGGGUUUGGGGUCACCACUUUUGUCCAGGAAUGGAAACCAUCAUAUCCACGGGUUUGUCGUUUGGUUUUUAGCUAGCCCCUUCAAAACUGCAGGCGGGCGGAUGGGGCGGUGGGUGGGGGAGUUCUUUCUAUGUUUGCGGCUGCACGUUUUUGGUAUUUCGUAAUAUAUUGGUAUUGGGGGGUUAUUGGGUUAAUGAUUGCUGAUUAGUGUAAUUAAUCAGCGUUUGAAUUAAGAAAAUUGGAUUAAUUAAAAAGACCGCUGCCGAUGCUUUGCUACAGCAAAGGAGUAUCAUCUGAGUAUAUAUAUAUAUAUCUCUCUCCCAUGACUAUA